CCCUUGCACGGAAGUUUUACUACAUCACCCUGCUGAGAGACCCCGUAUCUCGUUACCUCAGCGAAUGGCGUCACGUCCAACGAGGAGCUACUUGGAAGACCUCCUUGCACAUGUGUGACGGCAGRACCCCAACGCCCGAAGAGCUGCCGUCGUGCUACGAGGGCACGGACUGGUCGGGCUGCACGCUGCAGGAGUUCAUGGAUUGCCCGUAUAACUUGGCCAACAACCGCCAGGUGAGGAUGUUGGCCGACUUGAGCUUGGUGGGCUGCUACAACAUGUCUUUCAUCCCGGAGAACAAGCGAGCGCAGAUCCUGCUGGAGAGCGCAAAAAAGAACCUCAAAGACAUGGCCUUCUUCGGCCUCACAGAGUUCCAGAGAAAGACUCAGUACCUCUUUGAGAGAACUUUUAACCUGAAAUUCAUCCGGCCCUUUAUGCAGUACAACAGCACGCGGGCCGGCGGCGUGGAGGUGGACAACGACACCAUCCGGCGCAUCGAGGAGCUCAAUGACUUGGACAUGCAGCUCUAUGACUAUGCAAAGGACCUCUUCCAGCAGCGCUACCAGUACAAGCGGCAGCUGGAGAGGAUGGAGCAGAGGAUAAAGAAUCGGGAAGAGAGGCUUCUUCACCGGUCCAAUGAAGCACUUCCCAAGGAAGAGACCGAGGAGCAAGGACGCUUGCCCACUGAGGACUACAUGAGCCAUAUUAUAGAGAAGUGGUAGCCUAGGCAGACUUUUAUAUUAAUGAGAUUCUAGGGUUUCCAUAUAAGAGAUCGUGGAAGUAAAAUUAAAAAAAAAAAAAAAAAAAAACCACAACAAAAAGUAUUUUAUUUAAAAGCAAGUCUGUAAAACAGAAGAUAGAUUGCUUCCUGAAGCAUAGGACCUUUUUACUGUUUCUUACAAGACCAAUGAGAUUCUUAAAAAAAUAAAUAAAUGCAUAAAAAUAGAAAAGGGUCAACGUUAUGAUGCAGAAGUGAAAAAUGCACAAAUGCAGUUAACCACUCUUAAGGCCAAAUACAAAAGAACAUUUCCUAUCCUCCCGAUUCAGACAUAAGUGACAGAAGUAGGAUUCUUUUU